UAUUGUGAAGUUUACAUUGUUGACCUGGAACUAGUUAGACAGAGCCGUGAACAUCUCUUCCCCUGUUUCUUUCACCUUCAGUCCUGAAUAUUUGGUCCUUUUCAGUUAGCAUGAAGGCGCACACGUUAGUGUAAGCGCCGUGCGUCACCCCGCUUUCAUGUGAUAUGUCAUCCCACCUUCAGCUCUACCAUGAACGCAAAAUCGUGUGUGUUCCUGCUCCAGCGCUCCAGGAUGGGGUUCAGACUUUGUUCGUCCAAAGGGCCUCGCUGCGGUGUCGGGCCGAGAUUAACAGUACUGACUCCUGCUUGUCCUCCAAACAUCUCGCCCCGGUCGCCUGUACCCUGCAGUCGCUCUUACUCCAGCAGCAUCAAGGUGCGCCCCUAUCUUCAGUACAUGAAACGCAAGCUCAUACCCCCUCCCUGUCCUCCAUACAGUCAUGUGUGCCAGGUAGGCGACCCAGUGCUGCGUUCACAUGCGGCCGCUGUUGACCCUGCGUCGAUAACAGAUCCUGAGAUCCAACAGGUCAUCGACACUUUGGUGAAAGUGAUGCGGAAACUUGAGUGCGUGGGACUGAGUGCGCCUCAGAUUGGGGUACCACUCCGCAUCCUGGCCCUGGAAUAUCCCGAGAAGAUGCUGAAAGAGAGUUUGCCUGCAUCGAGGGAGGCCCGUGGUCUUUCCGUCCAGCCCCUGAGGAUCUUUGUCAACCCCCAGCUGAGGGUCCUCGAUGGACGGCCCGUGCUCUUUCAGGAGGCCUGUGAGAGCAUCUCAGGCUUCUCUGCCACAGUUCCACGCUACCUGUCCGUGGAAGUGUCUGGUCUGAAUGAGAAGGGGGAAGCAGUCACGUGGCAGGCCAGUGGCUGGCCAGCUCGUAUCCUCCAGCACGAGAUGGACCACCUGGAUGGGGUCCUCUACAUCGACCGUAUGGACAGCAAGACCUUCAUCAACAUCAACUGGCAGGCACACAAUGAAUAGAAGAUCCUUGGGACAGAGCAUACACGUUUACAUAAGAAUCUCUAAAUCUGAUCACAUGCAAUGAUUUGAUUUAAGUUUUACUCAACUCCGAUUAACCUAAAUUGUCUUGAUGAAAAGCUUCUACAUUUGCUGUUUUGAGCACGUGGUGUCUGCUUCAUCUUUCAUGUGAAAAAUCUUGUGGCUUGCGGAAAGUGAUACAUUUUGGUUUCUGGUUCUGGUUGGAAUAAUAGCUCGAUGUCAGGAUCAUUGUGAACUGAAAAUCCAUCACUGGCAGUGAAGUUUCUGGGAAUGGCAGAAGCUGCAGGGCCGAAACCCCAAAGAAAUGAUGUUGCAGUAUGUCACAUUAAAGUGUAAGCCAAUAGAGCCAUGUUCUGUAGCCCUCAGGUCUAUGUUUAAUGAAUAAAGAGGCUUAUAUGUUCAUUAUAAAAAGAGUAGAAUCAUAAACGUCUGCCACCAUCUCGAUGAAUUAAUACAACUAAAAUGGAGCAAAGGAGAUUGCCCAUUUUUCUCAAUGACUUCCUUUUGUUCAACUUGUAAAACUGGUCAUUCUACUGGUUUUACAUGUGAAUGGAGAAAUGGAUGGAGCGUGAACCUAAUCAAGUUUGGACAUGAGACAUGAGCAGGCAUGACCCAGGAAAAACACAAGUAACAGCUGAAAUAUAUAUAUAUAUAUGUAUAUAUAUAUAUAUAUAUAUACUGUAUAUAUAUUUUACUGUUUAGAUUUUCAUGGAUCUGUCUUUAUGCUUAGGACAUUUAAACUGUUUCUGUGUCAUUGUGAGUUGACUGAAAAGUCUGCAUUAUAUUGCAAGAGCAAGUAAGGGAGGAUGACACCACAACAUCACAAUGUUCUGAAAUGGUUCAGUAGUCUGGUCACUUUGCAUCUAGGUUUUCACCUUUCUGCAUGUCAAUCUCCAUGACUUUUAUGUCCAUAAAGAGUAUUUGUCAGAA